UUGUGGUUCAUUUUUACAACGGCAACAUUUAGUAAUGUCAGUUGUCAGUUCCCAGCAAGUGACAGUCUGUCAAACUGUCAUUCAACUUUUGGAAAACCGCAAGCGAGAUGUCCGAUUCCGCCGGCGAUAAUUCAAAACCUCGAGUAAUUGUUUUAGGAGGUUGCGGGUUCAUUGGUCGCAACCUGGUGGAUUACUUGAUAACCAAUGAUCUUGUGAGCGGGUUGCGUGUGGUUGACAAGACUCCACCGCAGCUGGCCUUCCUCAACCCCAAGCAUUCAAAGUGUUUUGAGGACCCUCGUGUGGAGUAUAGAAGUGCUAACCUCAUAAAUCCAACGUCAUGCGCGUCAGCGUUAGAGCCCAACGGCGAGUCGUGGGCGUUCGUGGCGAACUGCGCGGGCGAGACGCGCGGCGGGCAGACCGAGGCGGUGUACGCGGAGGGCAUCGUGACGCUGAGCGUCAACGUGGCGCGCCAGUGCUGCAAGCUGGGCGCGCGCCUCGUCGAGAUCUCCAGCGGACACAUGCACAGCAGCGACAAGCCCCAAAAAGAAGACUGUCCCAUAGAGCCAUGGACAGUGGAAGGGCGUAUGAAGAGCCGCGUGGAGAAAGAGUUCAAGAAUAUGGAGGGGGAACUAAACUAUACCAUCCUGAGGCCAGCCAUUGUCUAUGGUAUUGGAGAUAGGAGGAGUUUGACACCACGUCUCCUCUACGGCGGCAUAUACAAGCAUUUAGGAGAAACCAUGAAACUCCUGUGGACGGCUGACCUCAAAAUGAACACUGUCCACGUAAGAGACGUGUGCCGCGCUAUAUGGACGCUGGGCCUGAAGCCGGACGCGCGAGGGCAGAUAUACAACGUGGUGGAUGAAGCCAACAGCAGCCAGGGCAGCUUGGCGGAGUUAGUCGCUGAGAUAUUCAAGAUUAACCACGAUUAUUAUGGCACUACUAUAUCUACUUUGGCUAAGAACGACAUAGCGUCGGUGGCGGAGGAGGCGAACGACAAGCACCUGACGGCGUGGGCGGACAUCUGCCGGCGCUACGAGCUGCAGCACACGCCGCUGGAGCCCAGCGCGGGCGCCGAGCUGCUGCUCAACCGCCAGCUGUGCCUCGACGGCGGCAAGCUGCGCGCGCUGCUGCCGCCCACAGUGCCCGCGCCCACCUCACAAAGGCUACUGGAGGUACUAGAAGACUACGCUUCAAUGAAUCUCUUUCCGAAAGAGCUUCUGCUAUGACCACUUUAAGUAUUAGUAGAAGUCGCUUCCAAAGUGUUUAUAUGUGUAUACCGCGCUGAUUCACUGCUGCGAACCAUAACUUAGCGAUCAUCUGUGGAUUGAUUCUGUAGUUCAGUAAAAGUAUAUGCCAAAUAUGGCGUUACAAUAUGCAUUUCUAUCGCAUACAUAACUAGAUGAGUUAAAAAACUAAUAACGCUUUAAAUGCUGGUGGACUUCCAAAACAUUGUCUGCUUGGAUAUCUUCUUCGCAGAUAAAAAUUCUGUGUAAGAUCUCAAUGAAUUCCAUUUAAAUUUUUCUUGUUGAAUUCCAGAAUUAGACAGUCUAGGUUAAAAGGUAUCCAGGCCAUCUGUGCCAAAUUCCAUUUAAAUUUGUUUAGCUAUUUUUGUGUAACAAAAAUACACUUAUGGUUCUUCUUUGCAUUUAUAAAAAAAUAUGUUAAAUGAUUUAUAUUUUGUUAUGACUGAAAACUAACAAAAUACAAUAUAUGUAUAUUUUGACUCAUUUCUUUUAAAGGAAAAAUCAAAUGUGAUAUAGGAAAAUAUAUUUGAACUCUAGAUUAGAGAAUCAAAUAAGCUCAGAAAAGAAAAUUUAUGCAGCCAUAUAUGGUCGAUUCCAACUCUAUGGUCGCUCAGCUGUGGUGUAAAAGAGCUUAAUAAUACAAAAGACAUUGUAAAAUUUUAAACAACAUUAUUAUAAGCUUAUCUGUUCUAAAGUAAGUCCAAUUAAUACCGAUAGCCAAUCGAAGGAACUUUAUCACAAUUUUUUAAAUAAAUGUCAAUUAAAUUUUUAUAGAGGUGGAAAGACACAGGUCAUGUGAUAAAGAUUGUGUAUACUUCAAGAAUCUAGUGAAAAUAAUAUGCUGUUGAGCUUAAUAUUUGAAGUCAAAAUAACCUUUUUUAUUACUAUUUACCAUCAAUCUCCUAUUAAAAAGUGGAUGCACAAUCAGCGACCAAAAAACUCAAUGAGUGCCAAACACAACUCCUUGGCACUCAAUUCAAGUAGUCGCAUUUGCAAAUCACCCUUAAACUCAAUCCUUAAGGUUGAAUUUGCUCUGAAUUUGGGAUUUUAUUGAAUAUUGGAUUAUAUUUAAAGACGUGUAGGUAUAACUUUCUUUACCAAUAAUUCUAAAACUGAGAAAGCAAAAUUGGCCAGUUUUAAGUGAAAUUUUCUACAUGAUUGUGCAUCCUUUUAUUAUAAGAGGUCAAUGCUAUUUACAUAUUACUUGGUCUUACUUCAGAAACGUUUUAACCUAUACAAUAUACAAUCCUAUGAAAAAAAAAUAGUAUUUUACCUAAAAUUGGUUUUGACACAAAUUUAAAAAUUGUAAAACUAUUUUUAAUUUUUUUUAGUGUCAAUAUGAAAAGAAACGAAAUUUUAUUGAAAUUAUGAAGUACUUAAGUGUAAAAUCGUCCAGGGUUAUAAAAUAAUGAUAAUAAUAUAACGAAAGGAUCUUAACUGUGAUAAAAGUAACUAUGAACUUAACAGUUCGACGUUUAGGCCAAGAAUAAUGAAACUAAUAACAUACAAAUCGUGGAGGAUUAUCUUCUUAUUGCUGUUCCAUAUAAUGUAAACCAUAAUAAUUUAUUAAUGUUAUAUUCUAAACAGUUAAAACAUGAUAAAUUGAUUUAAUUUAGCAAUUUAGACACUAAAAAUAUAUUGGUAAAAAUUUUAUACAAAAAAAAAUAUAUUGGUGAAAAAAAAAAAUUUUUUUUAAUCAUCAGGUAUACAAUGCAUAUUAAAAAGUUUGACAAUGUUAAGAAGAUAGUCAAAACACCAUUUUUAAUAUUCUGUAGAAUAAAAUAAAGACUGGCGAUACCAAAAAAGCGUAUUUACUUUUUUUUCGACUAAACUUUUUAUUAAUCUAACAUUUGAUAUUAACACUCCUUCAUCCAACGAAAAUUAAUAAAUUUUAUUAUAACUACUAUAUUAGAUAUGAUAUAAUAUUGUGAAAUUCCUAGUGUUUUUCUGUAGUCUGUACCAUAAGCGUGAGUAAUUACAACCAUUAUUUUAACAAUUAAUAGGUACUUAAUGUUUUUUUUUAAUAAACAUACAUUUACUUAGAUUUUAGCAAUAUAUUAUUAUGUAAGCGAAAGAAUCGCCAUAAUAUGAGAUUAUCUUUUGGUAAUUUCUUUUUUGCUUACCAAUUUGCCAUAGUUUAUGGCUAGUUUUAGGUGUACAAUAUAUGGUUGGCAAAAAAUGUACCCACUAAUGUGUUAUUAUAAUACAAAAAAUUUAGUUACAUAGCUCCUGUAGUGUUUGUGUAUGCUGAAUAGAUCCCAUCCUCGUCGCCACUUAUAAGGACCCUCGUCCUUACUAUAAGAUAAGCAAAUCUGACUCAUACCUACAUUGGUAUGCCAAGCAGACCGCACACGACCACUCCGGUCUAGCGCCGGUGACAGACUGUCCCAUUGCCCCCACUACCAAUGUACAUGAGACAGUGUAUGUAGUAUUGUAGGUAUCUAUUCAGAACACAAACACUACAUCUCCCAAUAUUUGUUUUUUAUUCAACAGGUGUUACGUUUUCUGCUAAUCAUAUCUACGUAGGUUUGUCUAUGUAUGUAUGUCGCUCAAUUUUUGAAAAGUCCUAUUUUAAAGUCCGCUUCAUAUUAUUUAAGUUUCUUUGCGACUUGCGUUGCUAACUAAAAUGAUACGUUAGAAACGAAGUUUCACAUACGGAUUUAUCGCUUAAUAAAAUUGUUAUAAAUACCAGACCUGCGAUAUUAUGUAAUUUUUAUGCAAAAUAAAAAAAAUUGAAUAUUC